AUGGACUUUUGCAAAGGUACUAGUAUAAAUGGUUAGAAAAAGAGGGCAUCGCAUCGGUUUCAACAGCCGGACGAAUAGCUAAAGUUCUUGGCUGUUUUCGUCCGCUGCGGCAGGUGAGCGUUCUCCAGCAGUUCCUCAAACAAGCCCAGCUUCACCCAGAGGCUGAGGUCGCCAGGGCCGUUGGUGUCUCGUCAUUGUCCCGUCAGGAUCUAGAAGCAGCUGCAAGGAGCCUUGCCCAGCUGCUGCAAAGCGGAAACGAAGGUGAAGAUGCAAUUGGAGAGGGUGGAAGGCAAGGCUCGCUGGUGGCGAUUUUCUUGGAGCCAGGCCCACGUCAGGUUGUUGCCAUUUUGGGCAUUUGGCUGGCUGGCAAGGCAUGGACUCCCCUUGACCGGCAGUCGCCUUUUCAGCGAGUUGCUGAGAUGCUCCAACUGGUCAAGCCAUUUGGUUUGGUCUGUGAUGAGACGGCCUUCUUAGAUGCUUCCGAUGACUCGCUUCGGGUGGUCUGCGCAGAUCCUCGGGAUUCGAGGGGCGUGGAAUGGACUGUGUGGACCCGAGCAGAGAAGAUGACGAAGUCACUGAAGUCAGAGGCAGUCACUGAGCUUAAACUCACAGCAGACAGUGUGGCGCAGGUGAUUUACACCUCCGGGUCCACAGGUGUGCCUAAGGGCGUGGUCUACUCCCACUCCAGGCUUGCACACUCCUCGCACUUCUUCGGCGAGCAGUGUGGAGUGGGUGCUGGUACGAAGUGUUUGCAACGUACUGCCAUGAUUUGGUCUGUUUACCGACACGAGAUCUAUCCGGUGCUUUGCAAAGGUGGUACCAUCAUUUUCCAUGGCCAGCCACCUGGUGCUCAAGGUCAACCAGCGGGUGAACCGCUGCGAAUGGCCCAGGUCAUCGAGUCUGAGGCCGUCAAUCUCUUCGUGACCACCCCCACAGUGCUGGAGCUUGUGCUCGAUGCUUCGGCUGGGCUUCCAUCAGCACCUUUGGGGUCGUUACGACACGUGGUUUGCAUGGGAGAAGCGUUGCCUCGGAGACUGGCGCAAAGCUUCUACGACCAAGUCCCUGGUGCUUGUCUUUGGAACUUCUAUGGCUCCACGGAAACCGAGAACGCCACCUUCGAGGU